GAAAGUUUUAUUUCAUUUUUUGCUUUAAUUUAAUAAUUAUCAUUAUAAAACUACUUUAAAGUAUUAAAUUAGAGUUUAAUUAAGCGAUGAAACAUAAAAUUUUGUAUGAAUUUCGCGAUUUUGUUCCGUAUUUCACAACGUAAACAUACGCAUGGUUUGUAGAGGUUAUGUUCAAUUUUAAUCCAAAUCUCUUUUAAUUAACUUUUAUAAUAAGUUGUGAUUUGAAUCGUUUGAAUAUGACUGUUUAGUCAUUAUAAAUCCCAAGUAAUUCAAAAUGCCACAAAACGAGUACAUUGAACGUCAUCGCAAACUCCACGGUCGUCGUUUAGAUUAUGAAGAACGUAAAAGGAAACGUGAGGCGCGUGAACCCCAUAAACGUGCCCAAACAGCUAGAACACUCAGAGGAAUCAAAGCAAAGAUUUUCAAUAAAGAAAGGCGCAAUGAAAAGAUUCAAAUGAAAAAGAAAAUUAAAGCCCAUGAAGAAAAGAAAAUUAAGAAAUCGUCGGAGAAAGUUUCGGAAGGAGCCGUUCCUGUUUAUUUAUUGGACAGAGAUGUUCAACAAAGAGCUAAAGUUUUAUCAAAUAUGAUUAAACAAAAAAGAAAAGAAAAAGCCGGAAAAUGGGAUGUUCCAAUUCCGAAAGUGAGGGCCCAAGCAGAUUCUGAAGUUUUAAGGGUGGUAACAUCUGGGAAAACAAAGAGGAAAGCUUGGAAAAGGAUGGUUACUAAAGUGACAUUUGUUGGGGAGGGAUUUACGAGGAAACCGCCGAAAUUUGAACGUUUCAUUCGACCUAUGGCGCUAAGAUUUAAAAAGGCUCAUGUAACUCAUCCAGAAUUAAAAGCUACUUUCCAUUUGCCGAUUAUUGGGGUUAAAAAGAAUCCUUCUUCGGCUAUGUUUACGAGUUUAGGGGUUAUUACUAAGGGUACGGUUAUUGAGGUUAACAUUUCCGAAUUGGGGUUAGUUACGCAAGCGGGUAAAGUUGUGUGGGGUAAAUAUGCGCAAGUUACGAAUAACCCAGAAAAUGAUGGAUGUAUAAAUGCUGUAUUAUUGGUUUAAAUGAAUAAAAAUUUUUAAAAAAGCAAA